AUGACUUCGGAAUCCGCAGAGGAAAUCUACAAAUCCUUGUAUGAAAUAUUCGCCAACAGAAAAUCAGACCAAAUUCUUGAAAUCGAGAUACUGACCCCAGAUUUGGGGCCUCUCUUGCAAGAUGGAUUAUGCAUUGGGAUCACCAAGGCGGCCCUCGUCAAGAGUUUUCUAGUUGCGAGGCAAAAAUUGAUGAAAUAUCUCGUUCACCGAAGUGAAAAUGUUGGCUAUGGAACAGCCUCUCUCAAGCAGUCGGAGGGAGUCAAAGAACUUGCUGUUGCUACUCAGAUCAUUCUCUUGUUUGACUGUGAGCAUGUGACGGCAUGCAACUGGAGGAAGCGAUUCAUAUCUUCUUCGGUACAGGAUCAUUCCAUUAAUAAAGAUAUGUCGGGCUUAGAGGAGAUGUUACAGAGGGAAAGAAGUCUUUUGGCUUCAUUUCUGUGCUCACCAUUGCAUCGUCAUACGAAAUCGCCUACACUGUGGCAGCAUCGGCUAUGGAUUCUAACUAAGUUAUUGGAUUUACAAGAACAAGCCGCUGUUAAAAGUGAAAUUUGGAACGAAUUCCUGCGCAAACUGAUACUACAAGAGCUGGAUGUAGUCUGCAAGUCGGGUCAGCUGCAUCCACGAAACUACUAUGCAUUCAGUUACAUGCGGCAACUCCAUGCUUUGGUCUGUCAAUACGACUCUCCGAAGGAAGAAACGUUGCUGAAAGAAGCUUCGGAGAAUACUAGUCAAGCUUUACUACUCACUUUGGCUCUCGUUAUGGUGGAACCUAUGUUGAAAUGGUGGUCUUCUUUUGCGCUGAAAGAUAAGAUGGCCAAGGAAAGAAAGUGGGCAUUGAAGCGGACUAUUCACUUUGCUGUUCAUAUAGCUGCAUGGGAGAGCGAGAGUCUCUGGACGUUUGUCGACUUGAUGGUAGCACGAUUUGGAGUCGAUAUUCUUCCAGCGGUAGACACUGAUGUAUCAGCCAUUGGAGACAAUGGAAUAUCAGCAGGGGCACGAUGGCAGAAAACAAAACUCAAUGUCUACAAGAUCUACGAGACGAGAAACCUAUCAUGA